CCACAUGCAUGCAUAUAUAUGUAUAUGCGCGACAUACCCACAUCCAUAAGAUAAUUGCUUUCUCUUUUGGAUUCUAGUUAUUCAUUACCAAUUAUUGUGCUUUAUAUAUAGAGAGAAGAAUGUUUUUCUCUUUCCAGCACAAAUCAAAUUUUAUUCCUUCCUCUUAUUAUUGUUUUGCACCGCAUGUUUGUUCUUGUUCUUGGUUUUGUUAAUGAUCAUUGCUUUUUUUUUUUUCUUAUCGCCUAUACCAACAGCAGAUAUUGUUGGUGAUACUGGGUUUUAAUAAUGUCACAAAAGAGGCAGCCUGAAGAGGCUAAGCUUCGCUCUGAUGGGAAUUCUCCUGAGGAGAAGAGGAGGAGGUUUAAUUUGAAAAAGAGGUAAUUAAGAUGCAAUCUUUCCAGCAUUUGUUGGAGCCAAUUCUGGAGCCCUUGAUUCGUAGAGUGGUCAAAGAGGAAGUGGAGUUGGCUCUUAGAAAACAUCUGGCCAACAUUAAAAGAAACUGUGGGAAUGAAAAAGAUUUUAUUGAAUCAAGAAGCUUCAAACUGCAGUUCUCGAACAGCCUCUCUCUUCCAGUGUUCACUGGAGCUCGAAUUGAAGGAGAAGAAUGUUCUUCUAUAAAAGUAAUUCUGAUUGAUACUCUUACUGGAAGAUUUGUUAAUACUGGUCCUGAAUGUUCUGCAAAGGUAGAAAUUGUUGUCCUUGAAGGUGAUUUUGAUGGUGAAGAGGGUGACAAUUGGACACAUGAUGAGUUUAAAAACAACAUUGUCAGAGAGAGAGAAGGAAAGAAACCUCUUCUUACAGGAGAUGUGUUUCUGAAUCUAAAUGAGGGGAUUGGUUUGGUGGGUGAGAUUGCCUUCACUGAUAAUUCUAGCUGGACAAGAAGUCGUAGGUUCAGGCUUGGGGCAAGAGUUGUGGAUAAUUUUGAUGGAACUAAUGUACGGGAAGCAAAGACUGAAUCUUUCAUAGUCAGGGAUCAUCGAGGGGAAUUGUACAAGAAGCACCAUCCUCCAUCUCUGUCUGAUGAGGUAUGGAGAUUGGAAAAGAUUGGCAAAGAUGGGGCUUUCCAUAAGCGUUUGAGCCGGGAAAAUAUUACUACUGUCAAGGAUUUCCUCACUCAGCUUUUUAUCGAUUCUCAACGCCUUCGCCAUGUUCUUGGGACAGGUAUGUCUGCCAAGAUGUGGGAAGUUACUGUAGAGCAUGCUCGGACUUGUGUACUUGAUAAGAGAGUAUACUUAUAUUAUGCUCCUGGUUCUCAACAGAAAAGUGGAGUGGUCUUUAAUGUUGUGGGACAAGUAAUGGGACUACUUUCAGACUGCCAGUAUAUUCCUGUAGAUAAGAUUUCUGAAACCGAGAAGGCUGAUGCUCAAAACUUGGUCAUGGCUGCAUUUGAACACUCAGACGAGGUUAUCUCUUUUGAGGAUGAAGCCUCUCUUGUGGAUGACCCUUCACAGUUGUCUAACAUCCUUUACCCCUCGAGCUCACUCAGAACAGACUCUACCGGGAACAAACUUUUGGCUUCACAUAAGAUAGGAGGAUUUGAUUGUGCACAACCGAAUGCAUCCUCUCCGGAUAUCAUUUCUUCUCUGUAUUCUGUUGGGGGUGUCAGCAGCUUGGAUGAUUAUGCCUUGCACAAUAUUGAAAAUAUGGGUCUUAGAUAUGAUCAGAAUUUGAGUUUCUUAGGCCAUGUCUCCAACCCCCUCAUAUGUGAUACUGAUACUAUGACUCAAGCUUUCUGUGAUGAGGAUCAUCUGAGGUUUUUUGAUACAGAUCUUCAGACUCCAAACCUUAGUUUGGAAGCACCGACCGAUUUACAGAGUGCUCUUGAUGGCUUCCUGUUGACGCGUUCAACAGCUGUUGCCAAUGAUAAGGCACAAAGGAGAUGGACCAAGAUAUCUAGUGUGUUGAAAUGGUUCUCUAUUAGGAAACAUGUGGCUUCAAAAAAGACUCGUGUCUCGGAAAUUCAUAGAUACACGUGAUGGACUUGAAACAGUUAUCUUGUCACACUUCCUGUGUAGUAUUAGACAGUGCUGCCCGAGUAAAGUUUUGAGUGCAGUUGUGGAGACAAGUUGGCUUGAACAGUUGUAGAUACAUUUUUAUCUCUCGUCUUGGCUUCACUGUGAAGGUUAGUCAAUCUUUUGUUUUCAUAUUAAAAUGUAAAUAUGUAGGUUGAUGCAUACAAUACAUACAAUCAGGCAAGUUUCUGGCUGUAGUUUCUCAAGUUGAGGCUUGAAUACAAUGAGUUAAAAGCUGCAAAAAUUGGUAUGCUCAAAACCCUGUAUCUUUCAUUUAGGGUUAUUAUAUUGUAUUUCUGGAAUUUGCUUAAUAAAAGCAAUUGAAUCAUUUAUCAAA